UGGCUAAUAAACGUACACUUAUGUAUAUAAACUUUGGCAAAAAUAAUCAAUGAAUGAUAAAAGCAUUUCCCUCAAAUGUUCUGUCAUAGGUUUAGGAUUCUAAGAGGCUAAUCUCUGGUUAUCUAAUCUUGUUGCAGACCACCUUUGCGGAUGCUAACAUGCCCAAAGAUAGCCGUGCCAGGCGGGAGCGGCUGCGAGAGGCCAGGCGGCGUGAGCGGGCUGCUGAGUCAGACGAAGCACGAACGGCACGCUUGGCCAGCAACGCCGCUCGCAUGGCUAACAUGAGGGCGAGGGAAACGCCGGAGAUGAGAGCCGAGCGUCUGGCAAGAGACGCUGCAAGAACCCGCUACAUGAGGAGGAGAGGAAAGGAUUCUACUGCAACUCUGACAGAGAAGCUUCAGGGUUUUGCUCGAGGGCUGGAUCCAGAACGGAUCAUUGAUGCCAACGAUUCCUCUGGAGAACUCAUGUUCCUCAUGAAAUGGAAAAACUCUGAUGAAGCUGACCUGGUGCCGGCGAAGGAGGCCAACGUGAAGUGUCCGCAGGUGGUCAUCUCGUUCUACGAACAGAGACUCGCUUUGCACUCACAUCUCAUUGCAGACGUUAAAAAGGAUGAGAAAAAAAACUGA